GAAAAGAAGAAGAUAACUAGUAAACAGUUUGGAGAUUCGUAGUUAAAAUAGGGAAAAUCAAUUAUUAGGCAACGAAUCUCAAGAUCCUUCUCAAAAAUCCUACUUCAAAAAUGUUACAUCUGAGCAAACAACUGGUGGUCAGGGCGCCCAAGAUCCGUCUGAGUGCCAGCGCUGUGAGUGGAAGUGGUCAAAGUUCAAGUCUCGAUCAAAACAGCAACAAUUACAGCCCAAAACUCGUUGGCCCUAAUCUCAAUCAAUGCCACAAACGUUUGUCCAGCAGUAGUCAAAGUUCGACAGCCGGCACGAUGAAGCGUUUGGCAGGGAAAGUAGCUGUGGUCACCGCCUCCACCGAUGGCAUUGGUUUCGCGAUUGCCAAAAGGCUGGCCGAAGAUGGCGCCGCAGUGGUCAUCAGCAGUCGCAAGCAAAAGAAUGUGGACUCUGCUCUGGCGGAGCUGCGCAAACUGAACUUGAAUGUCCACGGACUGAAGUGCCAUGUCAGCGAACCCGAGGAUCGCAAACAGCUCUUCGAGGAGACCAUCAGCAAGUUUGGCAAGCUGAACAUUCUGGUCAGCAAUGCCGCCACCAAUCCUGCGGUGGGCGGUGUCCUCGAGUGCGACGAGAAGGUGUGGGACAAGAUCUUCGAUGUGAACGUGAAGAGUUCCUAUCUGCUGGCCAAGGAGGCACUGCCUCUCCUGCGCCAGCAAAAGAACUCCAGCAUCGUUUUCGUCUCCUCCAUUGCUGGCUAUGAUGCCUUUGAGCUACUGGGAGCCUAUUCCGUCAGCAAGACCGCGCUGAUUGGCUUAACCAAGGCUGCCGCCAAGGAUCUGGCGCCCGAGGGCAUUCGCGUCAACUGCCUGGCUCCAGGAGUCAUCAGGACAAAGUUCUCGAAAGCACUCUACGAGAAUGAGUCGGCGAAUGAAGCGGCUUUGAGCAAAAUACCCAUGGGUCGUCUGGGCACCAGCGAGGAGAUGGCUGGCGUGGUCUCCUUUUUGGUCUCCGAGGAUGCGGGCUACAUUACCGGAGAGUCCAUUGUGGCCGGCGGUGGAAUGACAGCUCGUUUUAGUUACAAAAUAGAAUAGAAAACAGGGAAGGACUAAGAGGAGCGCAGCUUGGCCAGCUGAUCGGCAAUGUCCUUCUCGGUGCGCUUGCCACU